AACUGUUAAAAAAUCAAAAUAAUUAGAAAAAACUUUCAAAAAAUCGACAUUUAGCCUGUAGUUGAUUGGCGUUUAAUGAGCAACAGUUACAAUUUAAGUGUGCAAAAUACCUAAAGCGCGCAUAUUAAAGUGCGUGCGAUUUAAAAAUUUAGCGCGUAAGUGUGUGUGCGCUUGCGGAAAUGGAAUUUAUAUGGUUGUGCAACAAUUAAAAAAUGUUGUUGUUGAAUGUUGAAAAUAAAAAUUUGCGGAAAAAUUCGAGUACACAAAGCAAUUAACUGUUCAAUCAUUUUUAAAUACUUCCGGGAGUAAGCAGUGCGUCAUGUUGCCAGUUAAUUAACGCUUGUUGCCGGGAAUAACCGAAUCACCAUCUAUAGAGGCAUCAGCAAUUUCACAAGCGUCAACAAUAGUAGUUGUACUGCAAAGCAUAUGGAAUCCAGCAAUUAUGGAUACACCUCUAUAUACACCUAUGCAUUCACCUACACAUUCAUAAACAAGAAUAGAAGCACCGUCAAGACUACCGAUUAUGGAGACACCAUCGCCUUCUUAAGAAUAUACAUAUAUCCCGUAACAUCAAAAUUCCAAUACAAAAGAACUACGUCAAUAAUCCCACAUUUUCAAACAACCGUCUUUAUACUUGGCGAUUUCAAUGCCUGGAGUCCUCUUUGGGGUUCCACAUAUACAAACCAAGCAGGCAAAAUCCCAGAAGAUCUUAUAUUAGUGGAACGGAGAGAAGUGCCAAAACCUACAAAUUAUGAGUCAAUUAUGAAUAUGAAACAAAUGGCUGAGAGAGAGAGGGAGAGAGGAGAAGAGCUGUUAAUGGUCACGAUCGCUUCAUAUAUCUAUUACAUCUCACAUAAUAUAAUAUACGUUAUAAAGUCCGCUGAGAGUUCAAGUAUAUCCAAGAGGGCCAGUGGAGGUUGCACAGUUCUCGAUAGCUGUAUGUGCAACUUCUUCAUACUUCAUCUUAUAAACUAUUACUGGGAUCCAGAUUUUAUGACAAUAAUUUAGUGAGUAUUCUAAAAGACAAUACAAAUAUUUUUUAGGGGAAUUCAUGUAACACUUAACUUUUAUAUUUUGGCAAAAAUAAACCUAAACCUCUCUCUCGAAACCUAAAAGUCUUAAGAAUUUUAUUUUUUGUUAAAGACUUGAAAAUGAUUAUACUUAGAUAGAUCGUUAAGAUGCUAAAGUGAAAAACUACAAAUGAAUAUAUUUUAUACUUAAAUAAAUUAUAUCUCCUUAUGGGUCUUUAUCUAUUGCAGUUAGUAUAAUCUCAAAGAAGAAUUUCGUAAUUUCGCAGUCCCAGUACUUAAUAGUACUACAACUCAGUUCAGCAUUCUAU